AUGGUGGAUAAAUAUGCAGUUAGAAAUCCAAUCUUCGAUGGGACAAAUUAUGCAUUUUGGAGUAUUAAAAUGAAAGCCUAUCUGGCACUUGGUUAUGAUGUUUGGCAGUCCGUGGUGGAUGGGUACACACCUUCGUCAACUCCUCCGACCGAUACGACAGGAAAGAGGAAAAGUGAGAAUAAUGCUAAAGCAGAACACGCCCUUCUAUGCAGUCUGGCAGAUUCCGAAUUUACGAAGGUUAUGCAUUGCAAAUCAGCCAAAGAGAUAUGGAACAAAUUAAAAGGUAUCUAUGAAGGGAAUGAAAAAGUAAGAGAAGCCAAGCUUCAAUCACUUAGAAUGAAAUAUGAAAGUCUUAAAAUGAAGGAAGAUGAAGACAUCGCUGCCUACUUCUUGCGUGUGGAUGAAAUUGUGAACACAAUCACAACAUUGGGAGAAGAAGUUGAAGACACACUCCUUGUUUGGAAAUUGCUAAGAACUUUGACAAUGAAAUUUGAUCCCAAGGUAUCAGCCAUAGAAGAAAUGAAGGAUUUGAAAACAUUGACAAAAGAUGAAUUGUUUGGAAUUCUCACAACCUAUGAAAUGAGAACAGAAGACAAACCGUCUCAAAAGGAAGCAGCUUUCAAAAUAUCAAAGAAAGGCAAAAACAAAAACUGUGCACUAAAGGAGAGCUCAAGCAGUGAAUCAGAUGAGGCUGAAGCUUAUUUCAAGAGGAAAUUCAAAAAGGGCAAAGGAAAAUAUAAAGGCAAAUUUCCAUUUAAAUGUUUCAAUUGUGGUAAGGUAGGGCACUAUGCUUCAAAGUGUCCUCAAAAUGAAGAAAAAUCUGAGGCUCUUGCAAAGUUUAAAGCUUUCAAAGAAUUAGUUGAAAAUGAGAUAGAUGCCAAAAUCAAGUGUCUUAGAUCAGACCGAGGAGGAGAAUUCACUUCAAAUGAGUUUGAAGAUUUCUGCGCAGAACAUGGAAUAAGAAGACAACUUUCAGCAACAAGAACUCCACAACGAAAUGGAGUUGUUGAAAGAAAGAACCGAACAAUUCAGGAAAUGGCAAGGGCUAUGCUAAAUGAAUCAAAGAUUGCUGACACUUUUUGGAAAGAAGCUGUUCACACAACUAUGUACAUAUUGAACAAGGCACAAAUAAGGAUAGAUGAAGGAAGACAAUUUGAGAAAGCCAUGGAAGAUCAUCCUAAGGAGCAAGGUGAGGAGGAAGAAUCAAAAGAAGAAAGUGAAAAUGAGGAACAAGACAAUUUUGAAAGUCCAUCAAAAACACCAUCAAAGACACCUUUAAAAACUCCAUCAAAAACUCCAUCAAAAUUUGUUCAGAAAAAUCAUCCAGAAGGCUUGGUUAUUGGAGAGUUGGAUACAAACAUUUAG